AUGCGUUUGACGGGGGAUGAACUGUCUGUCCUGAACUCGAAUUGCUCGCAGGUGCGGGCGGUGCAGCUGGGCCCAGAGCGUGCCACGCAACUCAAGCAGGGCGGUGUGGUCCAGCGCUGUGGCUCGCAGUUCCUGGACAACGUCCUCCCGGACGUGAUUGGCCCUGCGAGCGAACCGGCGCAGGUUCGCGCAACGGCCUUCCUGGACCCACCGAAGCUGGGCGAGCAGAGGUGCAUCAUCAUGUUCCAGGCCUUCGACUGGGGAAGCCACAAGGCCGGGCCGAGCCAGAGCCGCACAGAGCGAGCCUUCGGUUCAGAUAGGCUCCCGCCGCCCUCGGACUCGGUGGAUGACCACGGCUACUUGCCCAGGAAGUGGUACGUCUUGGACAACAACUACGGCACUGCCGAGGAGCUGCAGCACCUGAUCGGCAGCAUGCACGAGCAGGACAUCGUGCCCAUGUUGGACGUCGUCGUGAACCACCGCUGCGCCUCCUUGCAGGACUCCGCAGGGCGCUGGCUGAAGUUCGAGGAGCCGGACUGGGAGGGCUGGGCCGUGUGCUGCAACUCGCCGGCGGUGCCCGGGGGCAGCGGUGCCCACACCACCGGCGAGCCGGCCGCGUACGCGCCGAGCGUGGACCACUCCAAUCCUCGCAUCCGCUCCGACGUGAACGAGUACAUCCGCUACUUGAUGGACGAGAUCGGCUUCCGCGCACUGCGCUUCGACUUCGUCAAGGGCUACGCGCCUCGCUUCCAGACGGACUACGUGAAGGCAGCGGGGGAGCCCUUUGCCGUUGCCGAGAACUGGAACGGUGACGUGAAUGGGCUGCACGACUAUGUUCGAGAGUGUCAGGGCAAGAUGGCCGUCUACGACUUCCCGUUGUACUACGUCCUGAAGCGCUGCAUCCACAGCAACAACUUUGAGGAGCUGAACUGCGGUGGGCGCCUUGCGGGCAUCGCGGGUCGGGAUCCUGCGCGGUCCUGUACCUUCAUCGACAACCACGACACCUACCAGCUCGCCAUUGUCGGGGGAUGUUUUGGCAACAACGACCAGGUGCUGCGGGCCUAUGCCCUGAUCUUGACGCACCCGGGCACGCCCUGCGUCUUCCACUGGGACUACGUCCGGGCACCCUAUGUCCGCGAAAAGCUGCUGGAACUCUGUGCUGUUCGGAGAGAUGCGAACGUGCAUUCCACGUCCCAGCUGCACAUCCACUGUGCAGCUCAUGGGCUUUACGCUGCCACCAUUGGCGGAAAUGUCGCGAUAAAGAUCGGGACCAAUGACUGGAGCCCUGGUGGUGGUUGGAAGGUCGGCUGCUUCGGUGCAGAGUUUUGCGUUUGGACCAAAGGUUGA